CUUUUUUCAUGGACUGUGCGGCUGCUGGACCAGCGUUCCACACUCGGCUCUGAUGAUGAGGAGAUGUUUUCCAGCGGUGUCCCACCAGAUGCUGGCUGGUUCUCUGACACCUACAACAGGAGAACUGCACAGAGUGGCCUUGUGUUGUGGCCCACCUGAGGCACACCUGUGCAAUGAUCCUGCUGUCCAAUCAGCAUCUCGAUACGCCACACCUGUGAGGAGAAUGGAUCGUCUCAACACAGUGUUUUUCCAGAGAUGGGAGGUCAGGUGACUUCGUUCGAGAACGUCCACGUUGUCGUCGUCGGCGGAGGGUUCGGAGGAAUCGCAGCGGCUCAGGACCUGAAGUCUCGAGGGAUUAAAUUCACUCUGAUCGACAUGAGAGACGCUUUUCAUCACAACGUUGGAGCUCUGAGAGCCUCGGUGCAGCCAGGUUUCGCUCAGAGAACCUUCAUCCCGUUCAAAGAGACGUUCGGAGAAAGUUUCGUUCAAGGUCGAGUCGAACGAAUCGACACCGACGGUCAGCUGGUCGUCCUGGAGGGAGGAAGGGAGAUCCGGUUCUCCCACCUCAUCCUGGCCACCGGCACCGACGGCCCGUUUCCAGGGAAGUUCAACACCACGGCGUCGCGGCAGGAGGCCGUUCAGGCGUACGAGGACUUCGUCAAACAGGUUCAGGCUGCUGGUUCGGUUCUGGUGGUCGGAGGAGGGUCGACCGGAGCGGAGAUGGCAGCGGAGAUCAGGACCGAGUAUCCAGACAAGAAGGUGGUUCUGAUCCACUCCAGGACGGAGCUGGCUGACCCGGAGCUGUUGUCCAGCGUCAGAGAUCAGGCCAAGCAGGUUCUGCAGGAGAAAGGGGUGGAGCUUCUGCUUGGACAGAAGGUGUCCAACCUGUCGGAGCUGCCGCUGAACGUGGUGCAGAAGGACACGGUUGUUACCACGGAUACAGGAAUCACGGUGACGGUAGAUCUGAUCAUCAGCUGUGUUGGACUCAAAGUCAACUCUGCUGCCUACGAAUCCAGCCUCGCCGGCUCUCUGGCUGAUAACGGAGCCCUGAAGAUCAACGACUACCUGCAGGUUGAAGGUUUCUUCAACGUUUAUGCCGUCGGCGACUGCACCGACGUUAAAGAGCCUAAGAUGGCGUACCACGCCGGGCUGCACGCCGCUGUCGCUGUCGCCAACAUCGUCAACAGUUUGAGCGGGAAGGAGCUGACGACGUAUCGUACAGGUAACGUCACCCUGCUGAUGGCGCUGGGCCGAGACGAUGGCGUCGGCCAGUUUAACGGGUAUCGGUUGCCUCGUUUCCUCGUCGCUUUGGGGAAAAGUCGGGAUGUGUUGGUGUGGAAGAGCUGGUGGGACAUGAAUCAGAAACAGCCCUGAUUCUCACGUCUACAUUACCUGGAUGUUGAUUCAUGUUCAGUGUUUUCAAAUCUAGAAACAAGAAAACAAUCACCACUGCUGCCUGAUGCUAAGCUAGCUGUGUUUCAUGUUUACAUACAAUCCAGAAUGCUGAUUAGCAGCUUCUUUAUGAACAACUUCACCAUUUAGACAUUAAAAUUACCGUUUAUAAUCAGUUUCAUGUGCCAACUUUGAUAUCUGUGACAUCUGUUAGCUUUAGCUAACAGCUAACAUGACAUUCCAAUGAGAAAACAGCAGCUAUUAGCAGUAAAAUGCUAACACAGAGCACACAGUUAGCUUCACAGAAACAGAUCAGUGCCUGAAAACAUUAACCGACAGUGCCAGUGAAAAACACAGGUAAUGUUUAUACGCUUUAAAAACUAAUGUUAGCAUCUAAAAAAAUAACAAGUUAGCAUAAAAUAAUUUAACAAUAAAACCAUCAUUAUCAAUAGACACUGAUGUAACACAUAUUAGCAGAAAAAUGUUAGCAUAAAAACCAACGUUAGCAUUAGUUUUUCAUUUCUAAAGUUGAGGGAAAAAACAAGAUGUUAGCAUUAGCUCACUAAUAUUCGCAUUCACAACUUAGCAUCAGUUUUUCAAUUCUACUGUUUGAUUUAAAAUUAAUUCAGCAUAAAAUAAAACUGAUUACCAACGUAACCAUUAAAUUACUACCAGGACAAAAAUGUAGCAUUAGCUGAGGUCAUUCUAAAACUACCUGAAGUUAGCAUUGUUAACGUAAAAGUCUGGCAAUGAGAAGCUACAAUUAGCAUUAAAACACUUUCACAUUACAUGUUCGCGUCAGUGUUUUUAACUUUGAUAUUAGCUUUACAAACUGAUGUAUGCAUAAAAUACAGAUUAGUAUCAACAGAAGCAUUAAAAACAACAGUUUUAGCAUAAAAUGUUUGCAUUAAAGAAUGAUGUUAGCAUUGAAAAGCUGACAUUAGCAUAAAAUAACUAUUUGAAAAAUGUACUUUAGCUAUGCAACAGUUAAUAUUAGCACUGAGAAAACAGAUGCUAACAGUAAACAUUAGCACUGAAAAGCUAACAAUUAAACAAAUAUAAACCAACAUUAGCAGAUAAACAAUAAAACAAUCUGAUCUGUGUUUCUGUGAUGUUCUUCCUGUUGUGUUCUCAGAACUGAAUGGAUUUUUCGAGACUGAAAGUUUUGGAUAUUCUUGGUAUAAUCAUUCAACUUUAGAUAUUUGGAGUUAGAUGGAUAAAAAGUGCAUUUUUCCACGAAGUUUAUUUCUUGUUUUUUCGUUUUGUUUCCCUGCUUUGUUUGUAUGUUUGCUAAAAAAAACAUUAAAAAAAACAAACCAUAAAAUUAAAUCCAACUCGUCUGGUUGUAUAGAAAUCUGCUGGUUUUAAUCAAAAACACAAAAUAAAGACAUGAAACAUGUUUAAAAACUAAAACUUUAUUUUUACCAAACAAUAAAUAAAAUAUUUUUAAACAUGAAAAA